CGCACCCUCCCGUGCGGCGCGCCGCGACACCAUGGAGCCUGCCGUGUCGCUGGCGGUGUGCGCUCUGCUCUUUCUGCUCUGGGUGCGAGUGAAGGGGCUGGAGUUCGUUCUCAUCCACCAGCGCUGGGUGUUCGUGUGCCUCUUCCUGCUGCCGCUCUCGCUGAUCUUCGACAUCUACUACUACGUGCGCGCCUGGGUGGUGUUCAAGCUGAGCAGUGCGCCGCGCCUGCACGAGCAGCGCGUGCGGGACAUCCAGAAACAGGUUCGGGAAUGGAAGGAACAGGGCAGUAAGACCUUCAUGUGCACGGGCCGUCCGGGCUGGCUCACUGUCUCACUACGCGUUGGAAAGUACAAGAAGACUCAUAAGAACAUCAUGAUCAAUCUGAUGGACAUUCUGGAGGUAGACACCAAGAAACAGAUUGUGCGAGUGGAGCCCUUGGUGUCUAUGGGUCAGGUGACAGCUUUGCUGAACUCCAUUGGCUGGACCCUGCCUGUGUUGCCUGAACUCGAUGACCUCACAGUGGGGGGCCUGAUCAUGGGCACAGGCAUCGAGUCAUCGUCCCACAAGUAUGGCCUGUUCCAACACAUCUGCACCGCCUACGAGCUGAUCCUGGCAGACGGCAGCUUUGUGCGCUGCACACCGUCUGAAAACUCAGACCUGUUCUAUGCCGUACCCUGGUCCUGUGGGACCCUGGGCUUCCUGGUGGCUGCCGAGAUCCGUAUCAUCCCCGCCAAGAAGUACGUCAAGCUACGGUUUGAGCCAGUGCGGGGCCUGGAGGCCAUCUGUGAAAAAUUCACUCAGGAGUCCCAGCGGCUGGAGAACCACUUCGUGGAAGGGUUGCUGUACUCCCUAGAUGAGGCUGUCAUCAUGACAGGGGUCAUGACAGAUGACGUGGAGCCCAGCAAGCUGAAUAGCAUUGGCAGUUACUACAAGCCGUGGUUCUUCAAGCAUGUGGAGAACUACCUGAAGACAAACCGAGAGGGCCUUGAAUACAUUCCCCUGAGGCACUACUACCACCGACACACACGCAGCAUCUUCUGGGAGCUCCAGGACAUCAUCCCUUUUGGCAACAACCCCAUCUUCCGCUACCUCUUUGGCUGGAUGGUGCCUCCCAAGAUCUCCCUCCUGAAGCUGACACAGGGCGAGACUCUCCGAAAGCUGUAUGAACAGCACCAUGUGGUGCAGGACAUGCUGGUGCCCAUGAAAUGCCUGUCUCAGGCCCUGCAUACCUUCCAAAACGACAUCCAUGUCUACCCCAUCUGGCUGUGCCCGUUCAUCCUGCCCAGCCAGCCAGGACUUGUGCAUCCCAAGGGAGAUGAGGCCGAGCUCUAUGUGGACAUCGGGGCGUACGGGGAGCCGCGCGUGAAGCACUUCGAGGCCAGGUCCUGCAUGAGGCAGCUGGAGAAGUUUGUGCGGAGUGUGCACGGGUUCCAGAUGUUAUACGCGGAUUGCUAUAUGAACCGAGAGGAAUUCUGGGAGAUGUUCGAUGGCUCCUUGUACCACAAGCUACGCAAGCAGCUUGGCUGCCAGGAUGCCUUCCCUGAGGUGUAUGACAAGAUCUGCAAGGCUGCGAGGCACUGAGCAGGGCACCUGGGGAGCCAGAUGCAUGGGAAUGGACUUGCUCUCCCUCGCUCCAGCUUCUCUGCUUUCCCAGAUUUCAGAAAGAAACCCCUCCCGAAAUCCCCGAGGCGGGCAGCCCGAUGGCCUCCAAGGCAGCUCGGUCAAAUGGAAGCACAUGGGAUUUGGAGUCAGACAGACCUACGUCCCAGUCCCAGAUCAUCCACUCAUUAGCUGUAUGACUGACUCUGGGCUAGUCACCUGGCCCCUGUGUGCCCCGUGUUUAUCCGUGAAAGGAGGUAAAGAUACCUAUGUGCUGGAUGUCAUCCACACAAAGGGCCCGCUGUGUGGGAAGGCCUUCAUAAGUGAUAGCCAGCACCUCUGCUUCCAUGCAUCCUCACACCUGGCUCAUGCUUUGGACUCAACAGCUGAGACCAGUCUCCCCACAGGUCACCUGUGCACGGGUUUUGCUGGUACCGUAAAGGGGAUGCCUUGGAAUUCCACCUGCAUAGCCUGCAUCAGCCCCAAGAGGGUAAAAGAGGGUCAACUUUCCCCUGGGCCUCAGGAGCAGGGGGACAUCUGAUUGGCAGGCAGGCCCAGAAUGUACUGUGCCAAAGCCAGGUCUAUUCCAAAGUACUCUCUGCCAUCUUCGGAUCAUCCUGCCCCUACUUCCUGUGUGCUCAGGCUACCCCAGCCAUCGCAGAGCCCACUCAGGACUGCUCCUGGAAGACAUUUCAAGAUGAGAAGCCUAGCCUUCCCGGGCUUUUCUUUCUUGACUCCCACCAUCCAGGCCUCCUCUAGAGUCCACUGAGUCACAGUGGGGUCACAUGCUCAUGACUGUGUCACAGGGGCGGUCCCCACACCAAGUGAGAAAUGGGCAUCCACCCAGUCGCUACUGUGAGGACCCUCCCUGGGGUUGGAAAGAAAGCAUCCAGGGUCACUCGUCCCCUCCCCCUCCCCUGUUUUGUUCCCCUCCCCUGGCUCUAGUUAAUUUCAGUGCCUUACAAAUCCUAAGCUCAGAGAAAGUUAGCUCCAUUUCCGUUCCCGAGGGAGGGGCCUCCACGGUCCUUCUGCCUUGUUAAUGAACCGUGGUUGGUUGUACAACCCCCACCUUCAGAACUGCCUGGCCCAGCUGAAAACCCAGAGUCUGAGGGGGACUCAGGUUCUGGAAGGAAAGCCAGAACUCAAAAGCUGAGCUGGCCGCUGUCUCCCCGGCCCCGACACCCCUGCCCCCCCCCCCCCAAAUAAGCUGCAGUUUUCUUGCCCGUCACAUCGGAACAUAAGAGCUCCUGAAGCCUUCCUAUCUUAAGACAAUACUACGUUGGGAAAGCCUCGUGUUAGAAGUUGGGGGAGCAUAAAUGGUCAGGCACCGUCCAUCAAUAGUCUUUCCCUCCACCACCAGGCCAGCUCCUGUGUCACUUUCAUCCAUCUGACCGAGGCCAGAACCCUUAGGGUUAUAUUUUAACUAAAGGAUGCUCAAUGAUGCCCCUGAGGGCUUAGGAUACUGCACAGUGUUACUGUAUCCUGUGAAGGCUGGUGCACUCAGGGCAGUGGGAAGGCAGAAUCACCUCAUCCAUUUGGCCUGUGAAGGAAGUAACCUCAUUUUGCUGUCUGAGCAGCAUGCAUUCCUGGCAUGGGCUCUCCUAGUGGUCCAUGUGCAUCCUUGCGCUCGCUCGAAGACUUAUGACCCUGCCUGCUGCAGAUGAAUGGUCAAUUCGAGCUAGGUUAGUUAGUGUGGUGUAUAAGGCGCCGUCAUUCUUCCAGUCAGGCCUCCAUCCCAAAGCAACUAGGGCUGUGGCAGUGAUGCCAGCCACCUGUGUCACCCAAAAUAAACAAAAUCCAGCCCUCCACAGACACUCCCCAGGACCACCUGGGAAGUGGAGGGAUUUUGAGUCACAUUAGCCUCAGGUUAGUGUUUGGCUCCAGUAAUAUCUUGCCUGAAAAGUGGUUGUCUUCCAAGCAUGGUGUACGGGGUCCCAGCUUUGUCUUCUAGCCUGUCCUGUCUUUGUCCAACCGUGCAGUGGCUUGGUGAGUCACUUUGCUGCUAUGGGACAGUGCGUGUGGGAAGUCAAUGCAAACCUCUCCCCUCCAUGGCUCUGGUUUCUUGGCUGCAUGGUUCUCUGUAAAUUCAGUUGUAGCCACUGUCUGGCUAGAAAGCUGAAUUGGCUGUGACUGAAAGGGAAGAGGGGGAUGGGCGUGGCAGUGUGUGCUGUGUGGUUUUUUUGUUUUGUUUUGUUUUGUUUUUUUAAUUUGGUCAUGGGGACCAAGGAGAAGGCUCUUGCAGCCUCGGGCACUGUGCCUACUCUCCAGAACACAUCCCUGUGGCUCUGGGGCCACCACUUCUGUAAAAUAAAGUACGGCCUGGACGCUA